CCUCAUCAAAACCGCCCCCUACUCGUGGCACCCAUUCCAUCGCCGGCCGGCGGCGUGCGAACAAUUAUUGACUAUCCCCUAUCAAUUAUGGCCGUCCUUCAGGGGGGCCCCCUCCAUCGGAUCUAUCACUAUGGACUAUUGACCUUUGCCUUGUUACGGCCCACGGCCGCGGGGACCAGCGAGCCCGCCACAGCCAGCACCGGCUACAAUUAUGGCCAAUCGGUGCCAGUGACAUGUCUCAAUCGAACGAUUGACUCCGGCGAACAUAUCACCGACAACCUCGGUAAACUCCAAUACAUCCCCUUCCCAACCUGCAACGAGACCCUCCAACCCCUAACCCUCCACUACGGCGUCCCCGAAACCCUAACGUGCACGAUCGCCUCCCUCCCCGACGACCUCUACCACCUCCUGGAAUACUACGUCCACUCGGAUGUCCCCAUGACGUGUCGCGUGCCCAGUGCGCCCCUGGCAAACCAGGCAAUCGGGGAUGAGGAUACAGGGCCUGCGUAUACCCCGAUUACGUUUGCGGUGCAGGGCACGUUGCAGUUGAGUCAUUUGCAUCUGUGGACGGAUUUGAAUGUUUUGGUGCAUAGUAUUGGGGAUUCAUUGGGGGGGAGGGAUGGGGAGGGGGAUGGGGGGUAUGUGGUUGCGGGGACGGCGUAUUCGGUGCCGGAGUUUGAGGAGAGGAAGGGGAAGGGGAUUGGGAAGGGUGGGGAUGGGGAGGAGGGAGUGGUGGAGGCUGCGAAGGAGCCGUGGACUGCGGGGCAUGGGACGAAGGUGGUUAGGGGGGAGCCGUUGACGUUUUCGUUGAGUGUGAGGUGGGUGGAGGGGGGGAGGGGGAUUGGGUGGCCUUCUUCUGGGAAGGAGGAGGAUGGGCAGGGAGGUGGAGGGGGGGGGUUUUCGAGGGUGUUGUUUUUUGGAUUGGCUGCUAGUUUGGGGGCAAUGGGGGCGUUGUAUUGGGAGAGGAAUGGCAGGGGACGGGGUGGGAGGGAUGGGAUUUUGGGUGUCCCGGUUAGAGGGAAGGGGGCUGUGGGUGUUGGCUUUGGGAACGGAGGGAGGAUUAAUGGCUAUGGAGGGUAUUCGGCUGGUGCUGGGGGUGGUAGUGGUGGUGGUGGUAGUUCUACGCCUGGGGGGUAUGGGUAUGGAGGGUAUAUGAGUGGGAAGAGGGAUUGA